AUGCCUGUCAUUCCUCUGACAGACGAGGCUGGUCCUGGGAUUGCCGUGCUCAAGGCCGCCGAAAACUGCGCUGCGACCAAGCUGCAGUCGGUGAUGAGCAAUAGGUCGGCAGCAAUUUGGUCGGGUGUUGUCUCCAGCUGCAUGCUGCUCCUUAUCGUGAAAGCACCUCCAAUGAACACGCCUUCCGCGCCCGCCGUUUGGGAUUUCGCGGCGACAAGCGCUGCGCUGCCAAAUCCAAGGCAGCGCCCCGAUGACGCUAGAGGUCAAUGGGCCGCGCUGGACCGGACUGACGCGGAACUUGUCCAACCCCAGCGUGUCAGAGAAGCGCUGGAGCGCAUCAUUGACCAAUGA